AACCUUGUUUCGUGUUCAUUGUCGUUCUAUGCGCUUUUCGUAUUUUUAAACAGCCUGAAAAACUCCUCCUUUACGAUAAUCGCAACGUCACAUUAGUGCUACAAAUCCAGGAACUUACUUUCUAAAAGAACAGCAUUAAAGUGUUUUAUAUGCAGUGCUCAUCUAUUUGACCCUGAAAACUGUCUCACGUGUCCUGGAAAGACAGAGGGCGAGGAGAGAAACACAGGGGUUAUGUAGUAAGUCUGGAAGUAUUUUGUACUGCAUAGAUGGUACAAAGAAGGUAAAAGCGCAAAAAGAUCUAUCCACCCAAGUAAUCUUAGACUCAUCGUUUAGUUUAGCCAUUCAUAUAUAACGAUGUCGUGCUGGGGAAUCUUUAUGCGCAGACAAUAUCAGUUCUCCAGCCUGUUAAAAUUACAUCAUCUCAACAUGCAAUCAGUGUGUCAACACAGAGCGUUCCAUGCAACGACUGCAUACAAGACAUAUGAUGUGAGAAAAGUGGAGUUAAUGCCACUGGAGCAAAGGAAACUGACGUUUGACUCCCAUGCCCUUGUUAAAGAGCUCGAAUCAAGCGGCUUUGAGAAAAGGCAGGCAGAAGUAAUCGCGACAGCACUGGUGACACUAACUACAGCCAAUAUGGACAUUGUAUACAGAGAUAUGGUCACUGGAAGCCAUCAGGAAAUAGCUCUUCAACAAAUUAUGGCUCAUCUUGACUCUAUCAGGAAAGAUAUGGUUAUCCUGGAGAAGAGUGAAUUUGCCAGCUUGCGUUCAGAAAAUGUUAAAAUGAAAACCGAGUUGGAGCAAAUAAAGAACAGACUAUUAGAAGAGAGUCAAAAAAUCAAAGCAGAUGCAAAGUUAGACAUCAAUUUGGAGCGGAGCAGGGUUACUGACAUGUUUACUGAUCAAGAAAAGAAACUAAUGGAGGUUACAACAGAGUUUCAAAAAAAGAACGCAGAAAUAAACAGUGACACAGCGGAAACUUCAAGGAAAAUAGACAUUCAAGUAGCUUCUUUAAAAACACUUCUGGAGUCACUAAAACUACAGACAAUUCGAUAUCUUGCAGCAUGCAUCUUCACCUGCUUGGCAAUUGCCUUAGGCUUCUAUCGGCUGUGGAAGUGAAUCUCAUUCUCGAAACAUUGCUGAGGUUUAAUCUAAAAUAUUCAAAGAGAAACUUUGACUUUUGAUUUAAGAUGGUGCCUUUUAUUGUAAUUUUAUUACAUUUUUUAUGUUACAACGUUUGAUAUCAUUUUAUCACAUACCAAAGCCUUUAAUAAGUCAUGUCAUUUGCUUUAAACUGCAUUGUUUUCAUAUGUUUGACAUUUUUUAACUGACAGGCUGUAUGUAAAGGAGAGCUUGCUAUUGUAAAGAAAUCUCCCAGCUUUAAUUUUCUUUUUAUGCAAAUAUAGUUUGUAUUAAGAAUGUAUUAUUUAAAAUAAAAGCCAAUGCAAUGUGAUUUUUUAAAGCAUUUGUGAUGCAUGAAUAUGGAAAAUUACAUACCGGUAAACUAUGAAAAGAGAAAGAAACACUUUGUACAAAGCUUGUACAAUAUAUGUAAAGAAGUAUCAACUAAAUCUGCAAUUGCAGUCACUUUUUAAUAAAUACUGAACAACAGAACUUGA